GCUAGCUUGGAGCCGGGGAAGGAGCCUGCGCGCGAGGGCCCAAGGGCGUGGGGAGCCGGGGAGAACUCCGGGCCAUGGGGGACCACAACAUUCAGGGUAAAGGGGGUUCCCGCCCGUCGGUGCUGUUCCUGCACCCAGACCUGGGCGUGGGCGGCGCCGAGCGGCUGGUGCUGGACGCGGCGCUGGCGCUGCGGGCGCGCGGAUGUGCUGUGAAGAUCUGGACCGCCCACUACGACCCCGGCCACUGUUUCGCCGAAAGCCGCGACCUGCCGGUCCGCUGCGCCGGGGACUGGCUGCCUCGCAGCCUGGGCUGGGGCGGCCGCGGCGCCGCGGUCUGUGCCUACGUGCGCAUGAUCUUCCUGGCGCUCUACGUGCUGUUCCUCAGCGACGAGGAGUUCGAUGUGGUCGUGUGCGACCAGGUGUCUGCUUGUAUCCCAGUGUUCAAGCUGGCCAGACGGCAAAAGAAGAUCUUGUUCUAUUGUCACUUCCCAGAUCUGCUUCUCACCAAGAGGGAUUCUUUUCUCAAAUGCCUGUACAGGGCCCCGAUCGACUGGCUGGAAGAAUACACCACAGGCAUGGCCGACUGCAUCCUGGUCAACAGCCGGUUCACAGCGGCAGUCUUUAAGGAGACAUUCACAUCCCUGUCCCACAGGGAGCCCGACGUUCUCUACCCGUCUCUGAAUGUCACCAGCUUUGACUCAGCUGUCCCUGAAAAACUUGAUGAUCUAGUCCCCAAGGGGAAGAAGUUUCUGUUCCUCUCCAUCAACAGGUACGAAAGGAAGAAAAAUCUGACUUUGGCACUGGAGGCCUUGGUGAAGCUGCGUGAAAGACUGACAUCCCAAGACUGGGACAAGGUUCAUCUGAUCAUGGCUGGUGGGUAUGAUGAGAGAGUCCUGGAGAACGUGGAACACUAUCAGGAAUUGAAGAAAAUGGUCCAGCAGUUUGACCUUGACCAGUCUGUAACCUUCCUGCGGUCUUUCUCAGACAAACAGAAAAUCUCCCUCCUCCACGGCUGCACAUGUGUGAUUUAUACACCAAGCAAUGAGCACUUCGGCAUCGUCCCUCUGGAGGCCAUGUACAUGCGGUGCCCGGUCGUUGCUGUUAAUUCAGGCGGGCCUAUGGAGUCCGUCGUCCACAGUGUCACGGGGUUUCUGUGUGAGCCGGACCCAGCACGCUUCUCAGAAGCAAUAGAAAAGUUCAUCCAUGAACCUUCCUUAAGAGCCUCAAUGGGGCUGGCUGGCAGAGCCAGGGUGGAGGAAAAGUUUUCCUCUGAAGCGUUUACAGAACAGCUCUACCAGUAUAUCACCAAACUGCUGGUAUAAUCAGACUUUUUAAGGUCUUCAUGCUACAUUCAUUAAUAUCAUUUUUAUCGAUUGUAUACUCAGUUUUGAAACCAUAAAAGAAACCUAGAAUCUAGUGCCGAAGAGUUCUUAAAAAAUGAACUUAAUUCUUGAAUCUGAGCCACCUUCUUAUGUAUGACUCCUUUUGUUUGCUUUUCAGAAAAGCAGUAUCUUAUGCUAUAAUAAUUCUGAGUCUUAUCAGUGUUGAUUAAGAUAUAACCCAUAGCCCUGGCUGGUGUGGCUCAGUGGAUUGCGCACCAGCCCGUGAACUGAAAGGUCGCUGGUUCGAUUCCUGGCUGGAGCAUGUGCCUGACUUGCAGGCCAGGUCCCCAGUUGAGAGGCAAC